AAUUAUCACUCAAAUCAACAUAAACCCCUUUUUUCCCAAAAUCACUUAAACCCUAGUUUGAACUCAAUUAGGGUUUUUCACUCUUCUAAUUUUCUCUCUCCUCAUCCUUCCCGUUUUCGUGCUUAGAUUUUUCUCGCAAAAAUGGCGAAACGAUUGAUGCCAUUAUUGAACAGAGUUUUAGUCGAGAAAAUUGUCCCACCUUCUAAAACUACUGCUGGAAUUUUACUACCUGAAACCAGCUCUAAGCUCAAUUCAGGAAAAGUUCUUGCUGUUGGACCUGGUCUUCGCGACAAGCAGGGAAAUCAUGUUCCUGUAUCUGUGAAAGAAGGGGACACCGUGCUGCUGCCAGAAUAUGGAGGAACGACGGUGAAGCUCGGCGAGAAAGAGUAUCACUUGUACCGGGAUGACGAUAUAAUGGGAACUCUCCAUGACUGAUAUCAUGGUGUCAUUAUCCUGCCUUGAUCAUCAAGUAUAUCUUAUUCUAGGAUUGUCUUACUUAGCACAUUGUUCAUGGUUUAGCUAUCUUAAAUUCAAGAUUCGAGGUGGUAAAUUUUGAAAGAACAUGUUCUUAUCGUGUCGCAGACACCUGAGUUUUUCUACUUGAAUGAAGAAACACUCUCUUGGAUCAAA